GCUGCGGCUACCGGCCGGAUUUCGACACGCCCCACGCCUCCGUCUUGGGCAAUGCCCGCAUCGUGGGGGGCGCGAGGGCGCGUGCUGGGAAAUGGCCCUGGGUGGUCAGCAUUCAGACCAGCUCCUACCACUUCUGCGGGGGCAGCAUCGUCCACCCCUGGUGGGUGCUGUCCGCCGCUCACUGCUUCACCGACAGGAGGGAAGGCAUCCGGGUGGCGGCCGGAAGCCCCAACCUGGGCCGGAACAACGUCACCCGCUGGGUCCGGAAAAUCCACCUGCACCCGCUCUACAACCCCCGGACCUACGACAACGACCUGGCGCUGCUGCUGCUGGAGAAGGCCAUCCCGCACAGCUGGUUCCACACCGCCCUCUGCCUGCCAGACCACACCAUCGUCCCCGACGACAACAUGUGGGAGAGCUGCUUUGUGGCCGGCUGGGGCCUUACCAAAGCCG